ACGAGCCCCUCAAGGACCUUGGCUCUGGCUUUGCAGCUGUUGCAGCUGGAGAGGGCCUCCAGCCGUGCCUCCCCGGCCUGGGAGACGGUCCUCCGCCUGCCAGCCCCCGCCCUCUCACUUGGGCGCACACCUCCCUCCCUGACGCAUUUUGCCGCACAAGCUGUAAUAUGGCGGCAGCAGCGGCGGCCUGAACUCUAGGGAACAAGGGUGAUUUUUGAUGCUUCAAAAUCGCUAUCAUCAGCUGUGGGCUUCAGAAAUAAAUAAUAAGAUUGAAGUAUUGGAGCCAUGGGAAUAAAGGUUCAGCGUCCUCGAUGUUUUUUUGACAUUGCCAUUAAUAAUCAACCUGCUGGAAGAGUUGUCUUUGAAUUAUUUUCUGAUGUGUGCCCCAAAACAUGCGAGAACUUUCGUUGUCUUUGUACAGGUGAAAAGGGGACAGGGAAAUCAACUCAGAAGCCAUUACAUUAUAAGAGUUGUCUUUUUCACAGAGUUGUCAAAGAUUUUAUGGUUCAAGGUGGUGACUUCAGUGAAGGAAAUGGACGAGGAGGGGAAUCUAUUUAUGGAGGAUUUUUUGAAGAUGAGAGUUUUGCUGUUAAACACAACAAAGAAUUUCUCUUGUCUAUGGCCAACAGAGGGAAGGAUACAAAUGGUUCACAGUUCUUCAUAACAACGAAGCCAACUCCUCAUUUAGAUGGGCAUCAUGUUGUUUUCGGGCAAGUGAUAUCUGGUCAAGAAGUUGUGAGAGAGAUAGAAAACCAGAAAACAGAUGCAGCUAGCAAACCAUUUGCUGAGGUGCGGAUACUCAGUUGUGGAGAGCUAAUUCCCAAAUCUAAAGCUAAGAAAGAAGAAAAGAAAAGACAUAAGUCAUCAUCAUCAUCUUCCUCCUCAUCCAGUGACUCAGAUAGCUCAAGUGAUUCUCAAUCGUCUUCUGAUUCUUCUGAUUCAGAAAGUGCUUCUGAAGAGAAAUCAAAAAAAAGAAAAAAGAAACAUAGGAAAAAUUCCCGAAAACACAAGAAAGAAAAGAAGAAGCGAAAGAAAAGCAAGAAAAGUGCAUCUAGUGAAAGUGAGACUGAAAAUCUUGAAGCACAACCCCAGUCUACUGUCCGUCCAGAAGAGAUCCCUCCUAUACCUGAAAACAGAUUUCUAAUGAGAAAAAGUCCUCCUAAAGCUGAUGAAAAAGAAAGGAAAAACAGAGAAAGAGAGCGAGAGAGGGAGUGUAAUCCACCUAACUCCCAGCCUGCUUCAUACCAGAGGCGACUUUUAGUUACUAGGUCUGGCAGGAAAAUUAAAGGAAGAGGACCAAGGCGUUACCGAACUCCUUCUAGAUCCAGAUCAAGGGAUCGUUUCAGACGUAGUGAGACUCCUCCACAUUGGAGGCAAGAGAUGCAGAGAGCACAAAGAAUGAGGGUAUCAAGUGGUGAAAGAUGGAUCAAAGGGGAUAAGAGUGAGUUAAAUGAAAUAAAAGAAAAUCAAAGAAGUCCAGUUAGAGUAAAAGAGAAAAAAGUAACUGAUCACAGGCAUGUGUCUGAGAGUCCAAACAGAAAAAGUGAAAAGGAAAAGAAAGUUAAAGACCACAAAUCUAACAGCAAAGAGAGAGACAUCAGAAGAAACUCAGAAAAGGAUGAUAAGUAUAAUAAAAACAAAGUGAAGAAAAGGGCCAAAUCGAAAAGUAGGAGUAAGAGCAAAGAGAAAUCCAAGAGUAAAGAAAGAGAUCCGAAGCAUAAUAGACAUGAAGAAAAGAGGGUGAGGUCAAGGAGUAAAGAAAGGGAUCAUGAGAUUGUUAAAGAAAAAGAAAAGUCUGAUUCUAAAGGAAAAGAUCAGGAAAGGAGUAGAAGUAAAGAGAAGUCUAAACAGUUAGAAUCAAAAAGUAACGAGCACGAUCAUAAUAAAAGUAAGGAAAAGGAUAGACGUGCCCAGUCUAGAAGUAGAGAACGGGAUACCACUAAAGGCAAACACAGUUACAAUAGUAGAACAAGGGACCGAAGCAGAAGCAGGGACAGGAGCAGAAGAGUGCGAUCCAGAAGCCACGACCGAGACCGCAGCAGAAGCAAGGAGUACCAUAGAUACAGAGAACAAGAGUACAGGAGACGGGGAAGGUCCCGAAGCCGAGAGAGAAGGGCAACGCCGGGAAGAUCAAGAAGUAAAGAUAGAAGGAGGCGGAGGAGAGAUUCACGGAGCUCAGACAGAGAGGAGAGUCAAAGCAGAAACAAAGAAAAACAUAGAAACCAAGAAAGUAAGAGUUCACACAGAAAAGAAAAUUCUGAGGGUGAGAAAAGAAUGUACUCUAAAAAUCGAGAUCAUAAUAGCUCAAAUAAUAGGGAAAAAAAGGCUGAUAGAGAUCAAAGUCCGUUCUCAAAAAUAAAACAAAGUAGUCAGGACAAUGAAUUAAAGUUCUCCACAUUGAAAAAUAAGGAGGAUGAGAAGACCAGAUCCUCAGUGGAAAAAGAAAACCAAAAAUCAAAGGGUCAAGAAAAUGACCACAUACAUGAUAAAAAUAAAAAAUUUGAUCAUGAAUCAAGCCCUGGAACAGAUGAAGACAAAAGUGGAUGAGUGAGUUGUGUAAACUUCUUAUUUCCAUUCUGCUCAAAUUUUAAGUUUUAGAGACUUGCUGAUGAAUCUCCUUUAUGUUGUUUUCCUCUUUUCAUUGUUUUUGGGUUUUAUGUUUGUCCUUUUUUUUUUUUUUUUAAUGUGGACUUUAUUGAGUUGAUCUUUUGAUAAUCUGCAACCUGGAUAAUUUGUACUGCUAAAGUUUUAAUAAACUUGAAAUGAGAAAAACA